CUGUUGGUUGUGGAAUCGAUAGGCGUACACAUUGAAAGUAAAAGAGGAUUUGGCGUCUUUACGUCUACAUCUACAGAAUUCUUGUCAUGGGAUACAGUGGAGGACAUACUUAUUAAUGAGGUAGUGAAAGGGCAAAGAGUGCUCUUUUAUCUUACGUUCAUCGUGAGAAAGACGAUCGGCAGGCAGAAUUCGAGGAGAUUAGUUCCACUCUUUCAAGAUCUCCUACCCGAGAGGAAAUGCCUGGAGUACAUGUACGGACGCUUAGCCAAUUUGAUUGGCUCGACCAGGAGAAGGAGUCUAUCCUAACUAUUCCUGGCUCCUACUGGCUAUGCCACAAGAAGAACAUAUACAAGUUUAUCUUCAGAUAUCACCGUACGGUGAAAAACACCAUGCAAUUUUCGUACGGAAGGGAGUUAUUGAAGAUCAUCAGAAGAAUUAUAAAAUGUCAUCCAAGCCAGGGUCAACAGUUCGGAACGCAACACCUCCUUGUCACCUACAAUUGCACAUCCUGGACCCGUCAGGACAAAAUGUUCGCGAUACUGAAGUUCCAGCAACGGACCAACGCUGCGGCGUUCUCGCACGCGUUCGUUCUAACUAUAAGAAUCUGCCCAUCGUCGGAGGAGUCGCUGUUCAACAGGAGAUACCCCAUCGUCAAGGAAGCUGACGCGGGUGCUACGUUCCAAGAUUUGAGCGUUUCCUUGGACACCGAGGAGAAAAAUACCAAGUCCAUGACAUACACUACCGACAAAGUGUCGUCGAGGAGGACGAUGCCGAGCUCUCAAAUGAAGAAAUUAGACGAAAUUUCAGACUGUAACAUAAUCGAUGUUACAUCGGAGACUACAGUGCAUCCCAGUUCCCAAGAUAGCGUUGUAACAAACUCCAUAAAUGUUCAUGAAUUGCCGGAUGCAAGAAUGGAAAAAAAUGCGACAGCUACAGUCGAAGUGGAUCUCGUUGAUAAUACAGAAUUUCAUGACAAUACAGGCGAAGCUAAAUCUGUGAGCAGUGAUAUCGAAAGAAACGCGGAACAUCAUCCUCUUGAUGCUAUGCAAGAAAGAUCUUUCAGAGCCAGCAAUAGAAUCAGCGAGAUUGAAAGUAAAGACGCAGAGGAUGUAGAUGAGGAAAUUAAAUCGGCGGUAAUAAAGCCACCGGAUCAAGAAACCUUGAAUACUCGGAAAUACAAGAUAUUCUCUUCAAUGCAACCUCCCGUUACGGGAAUAAUAAAACACAACGUUGAUAAAUGGUCGUCAAGUAGAUUCAGUUUUCUGAAAGACCCGAUAAAGAGAGGCAACGCUUGUGCCAGCAACAAUAAAGACGACGGCAACGGUAAAGAUGACAAAAAGGUGAGCAGUGACGGUAUUGCGGGUUCUCUCGAUGUGCCAUAUCAAUAUUUCAUUGAGAAAGAGAUAGAGAGUGCAGACGACGCUUUAUCUAGCGACCAGCCAGUGCAAACAAGCUCGCAAGCCACGGCGAAGAAUGCGGACAAAGACGGCAUUCCAAAAGUAAUUAAGGAGAGUGACGAACGCGCAAACGUUCAGGCUUUGUCGAGUGAGGAUAAUCAAGGUCAAAAUAGUACGUACAACAAGUCUAAAGUCCGUAAGCAGAGGAGUAAGGAGUGUGAGAGAAAGACCGUUCCUGAGGAUAAAAUUUUACGUUCCUCCAACAUCACUGACCUAGUGAUGGAGGGUCUGAUGUUCACCAUCAAGCAAGAUAAAGACAGCGUGGCUGUGAUCGAGCAGAAAACCAAAUUGGAGGUGGACGAGGUGUUGGAGAAUUCGGAGAAGGUCGAGACGAAGGCCGGGGAGAAGUGUUUGGUGAAUUCGAGCUUGCUGAGGCUGGAGAACCUAGUAACGAUGAUAGACUCGCCUCGAGGAAAGCAAGACAAGACUGGCCACGCAAGUGGCAACAGCGCGCAUUUACUGCCAUUACAUACUUUGCCAAGCCGCACUGUACAUAAUUUAAGCGAUACUAAUUAUGCAAGUAGAAGAUUGGUCAAGCCGGAUGUUUUCGGUUACAACAGGCACGAUGGGAUGGAUGACAACAGAACGGGUCUAGUCCCGUAUCGAUCCCGCUGGCAGCAGCAUCAUGAUAUCCACGAUAUCAACGAUAACACCAAUCUAUUAGCGAGCGGAGACUUGAUAAAGAAAAGCGACGGAUUAAUGGAAUGGCAAGACAGCAAGACUAACGAGCAAGACAGGAAAGAUAAAGACCAAAUGGAAGUGAAAGAAAAAGAGAGAAAAUGUGAGGAAGAGGAGGAGGAGGAGGAGGACAUUAUGCCUGAGAAUCUGUCAUCCAUAAUAUUCUCGGAAAAGGCGAACGCAGGAUUGCAAGAUACGGAUUUGCUGAUGGACGACAUAGAAGACAUCAAACAGACUGGCAAACACGAGUCACCCAUGAACAAAUGCUCAGAUCCGAUUGAGAUGCGUACGGCGGAAAUUCCCGACGACGAGUCGAAAUUCCUGAAUCUACAGGACGUUUCGACUAAACGAAGACUAAAUACUCCCAGAGUAAUUUCUGACAAACUCAUCACUGUCGAGCAGAUGCCGCCGGCUCUGCAGAAAAUAUUACAACAUAAAUACCGAACGCGCCGACUUUUCCCGGGGGCAAGUCGUUUUUUCAGCAAGGCACUGCAACGUGACGAGAAAGUUCAGCAUUCGAUAACGGAAAACGUGGUUUCCAAAGCUAGCGUCUCGUCAUUGGAGGACGAGCGUGGGAAUUCCGAGAUAGCAAAUAAAUCCAUCGACGACGCGGUCGACCCCGAAGAGACCAAAGGCGGUAAGAACGAGUCUAGCGUGACGGUCGACAAGGAUGAAUUUGACUUGAAGGUCAACAAGCAUGUAUCAGAGACCAAUGACCGGCACACAAGAUAUGCGAGAAGAAGUAGCAGUUCGGAGACUCAUCGGGUUUCGCGGAGGAACUCGACGCUGAAGCACGGCUCGCCGAGGAAGCUGCAGGAUAUCACGGAGGACUUCUUCUGUGACUUGAUGCAGCACACGCAUAGCAAGAGCAACAGCAUCCAACAGAGAUGCCUCAGGCAGAGACGCAAGUCCUUGGACAAUCCUGACGACAUGAGAAAGGGCAAAGUUCGCAUCGAGAUGCUGAAGUUCAUUCAGGACAUCACGGAGGGAGUGAGAGUGGUGGUGAAGCGGCUGGACAUGAACAAUAAGUCGCACCUGUUGCAGAAGAACUCUGCUCUAGCAACGUAUACGCACAUGUAGACAAAAUUCGACGCAGAACUUGCAAUUUAUUACACGCAUCUUGUUGUACAUUUGUCAUAAGCGCUGCAUAGUCUCCUAAGUCAUGAUCGCUGUAAAUAUGAGGGCUGUAUAUGAUGUUCGCAUUUCUAUUUCGCUUUUACUCUAAUUGGCAAAUAAAAAUAUUGUUGCUGCUAUUACGAA